GCUCUUAGACUGAGGAAGAAGGCUGUGUUCGCGGUCAUGUCGCGCAUCUUCCUCUUUGCCCUCUUGGGGCAUUUGUGCUUCCUUCCCUACCUAGAUGCUAUCACAAGUCCUCCCAGGGUACAAGUUUACUCUCGUUACCCACCAGAUAGUGGCAAAGACAACUUCCUAAAUUGCUAUGUGUCCGGAUUCCACCCACCCCAGAUUACUAUUGAGAUGUUAAAAGAUGGCAAGAAAAUUGAGAAAGUAGAGCAGUCUGACCUGUCUUUCAGCAAGGAUUGGACCUUCAAUCUCCUGGCUUUUACACCAUUUGAUCCAAAUUCUAACAGUGAAUAUGCCUGUAAAGUGACCCAUAUAACUCUCAAAGAGCCUAAAGUGGUCAAAUGGGAACGAGACAACUAACCUGCAUUAUGGGCUUCAAGAAAUCUUCCUGAAAUGGAUGAAAAUCUUCCAAUAUUUUCCUGUAAUUAUACUGAGUUUCAGCUUCCAUAUAGGCACCACAAAAAUGUUAAUACUUUAGUCAUUUCUUUAAAGUUUCACUUUGAUGCUUUGCUUUCUAAGCAUGUAUUAAUGUAUCUGGACAUUUUGACUUUGUAUGGGAUGCAUAGCUUUGAGGGAGUAAAGGCCUCAAUUCAAUUUGUUCCCUUUGUUGUUCCUGAAUUCAGUUACUUCAUGCAGAACGAAAAAUUGGUGUGCUGCAUUCUAUAAACAAUUGAAUCUGCUGAUAAACUAACUGAUGCUCAGAAUCUCAACUUCUGCACUGCUUCUAUUAUACUGGGCACUUUGUGGGAUAAUUUAAACCCAACAUUAUCAGUAUCAUUGGGGGUUUUUUAACCAAUAACUGUUAGAGCACCACCUUCAUUCCUAGUGUAUCUGCCAUAUCCCAGAUCAAUCAAUAACCCUAAUAGACAUUUAGUAAGGACAGAAUAUCUGAAUGUGCCAGAAAACUCAGGAUGUGAAUAUCUCUCUGGGGGUCUCAAGCCUUGAUUUUGUCAAAAAACCAGUAACUGAAAGCAUACUGGCAGGAGUUUUUGAAUGAAUUGUUAAUAACACAUCUAAAAAUGAAAUCCAAAAAAUGUGUUUACCUAAAUUUGUUGUUGAUGAGCAUAUUCUGCUGAAUAAAACAAUGGUGAACCUGGGAA